AUGCUGCGGCCCUACCACCCAGAAGUACCCAAAGACCCAAGGACGCUAUUGCAAACGCCUCGAACCUGCAUUAGCAAGCCACUGAACAAAGGGAACUAUGUUCAUUUAGGUCUUGAGCGUGGUCUGGUGGAUCAACUUCACAGUCUGCCAGAGGCAACCGUUCCUGAAAUACACAUCCAACUGCAUAUCGACGGCAAGAAGAUAUUUAAGGGGUCGAGUCAGGGCCUGUGGCCGAUUCUUGCUCGUGUUCGCCAUCCGGUUGUUGGUCAGCCCUUCAUUGUUGGAGUGUUCUGCGGUCCCGGCAAACCCGAUCCGUUGGACGACUUCUUGGGCGACUGUGUUGGCGAGCUGAAAGACCUCCUGGCCAGUGGUCUGCGUAAUCCACAUACGCAAAAUAUCGUCAAGGUGAGCUUAGACAACGUCAUCUGCGACACCCCUGCCCGAUGUUUUGUGCGGCGAGUUAAAGCUCACAAUGGCUAUUACGGAUGCGACAGGUAUGUUGCGUCGUACUUUUAACUAUAACCACCGCAGGUGUUCCCAUAUGGGCAAACGUAUUGCAAACCGCAUGACGUUUGCAGUAUGCAGUGGGCGUCUGCGUGACGACAGGUCAUUCAGGUUGCGAAAACAGGAACAGCACCACAAGGGCAGGUCUCCGUUCGAGGAUUUACCCAUAGAUAUGGUGGCCUCUUUCCCACUGGACUAUAUGCACCUGGUUUGUCUGGGCGUCAUGCGGAAGUUACUGCAUAUUUGGCGUCUGGGGGCGCCGCCACGCAUUUUUUUCGAAUGGUGGGGCCAGCCGUGGCUGUGGUGUCGAAGGCCGCGCCUUAGCCACACCAAAUUGCCACGUUUGGCCGCGCCGUAGCCACGUCUUGCCGCGGCGGCAAGGCGUGGCCAGCCGCGGCUGGUGCUGGCAGGGGCAUCUCCAACAGACAGUAGAGGGGGAGGAGUGGCCAUUUUUGUCAAUCAAGACUGCAGUCUUGAGUUGUUAAAUAGCUUUAAGAGUAUUAUAUUUGUCAGUAUGUACAUCCCCCUUCCACAAACGAAGGCUCUCUGGGCCGUUUUUUUUGACUUCCUCACACAAAAACUUGCUUCAUUAUCCUCAGACCAUCUUAUUCUUUUGUGCGGUGAUUUUAACCGUGUGAGUUUCCGACCCAUUACCCUUGUGGGUUUUGAUGACCUUGUUACAUUCAAUACACGCGCUGAUGCCCCUCUUGAUCACAUCUUGACCAAUUACCCAAAGCUUUUUUUGUAUUAAAAAUAGAGCUCCACUCUCCGGGUCUGAUCACUCAGUGCUACUAGGACUUCCAAAAGUCUAUUCCACCUCUAAGCGUCAACUGCUUACAAAACCCGAAAGGAAAAUUACUGUUCGAGACACAUCCGUAGAUAAGAUCCACUUACUGCAGAGUUCAAUUAAUAGUACCAUCCCAAAUUUUCUAGCACUACAAAAUGCUGAAUUAUGCUCUGAUUAUCUUACGCUAUUUUUGAAUCACAUUUUUGAUAUUUGUUGUCCCCGUGAAACUGUUAUGGUCAGGCCUGACAGAAUCUCCUCACCAUACCUCAAACACUUGAGACGUCGCAAAGAAGCCUUCUGGAAACUAGGUCAGCGUGACAAGGUGAAGGAUAUCAAUGUUUUAAGAAAGAACGAAAUUGUCAGACUUAACGGUUUAUUCGUUAGUCAACUUUUUUCUUCUUCAUCCACCCCCUCCUCUCCUUUUCCUUCUGCUGAACUGUGGAGGAAUCUCAAGCGUCUCACUGGUCGACGUAAUAUACUUGAGCCCAUUGACGUAGAUUUAAACUCUUUAAAUCGGAAUUUUAUCUGUACUUCUAACGACUCCCCUUCUCGCCCAAACGAAAUUUACCUACCACCAUGUGACUUUACUCCUGUGACUGUGACAACAGUGGAACACCAUCUCAAAAAGAUUCGCGGGUCAACGGCGGCUGGGCCGGACGGUGUCUCGCCUUUUCUCCUUAAGUCUUGCUGUUUGCAGAUAGCUCCCGUCUUGACCCACCUUAUUAAUCUAUCCUUCAUAGAGUCCAAGAUUCCUGACGCCUGGCGUACAGUAAGAAUUACUCCAAUCCCUAAAAAAUCUUUAACUUUUGCUCCUAAAUCUUUCCGUCCUAUUGCCUGCUCUUCUGCACUCCUGAAACUUACUGAACAAGUUGCAUUAGAUUCCCUUAAGUACUCCUCCGUUAAUUUUUCUGAUCCUCUACAAUUUGCAUACAAGGCAAAGCGUAGCACCUUGGAUGCUGUUGCUUUAGUUGUUCAUUCAGCUUUGAGAGACUUAGACAAGGAAUUCCGUGCAUAUGCAUGUGCUUUUCUCGACUACUCAUCCGCCUUCAACACUAUUCCGCGCCAACUCCUCCUGACCAAAGCAGCUGCGUGCGACACUCCGAGCUGGGUUGUCUCUUGGCUUAGAGAUUAUUUUUCCUCCCGCACUCAGUUUGUCCAGUCGGGAAAGCGAAAAUCUUCUAUUCUUCCAAAUAAUUAUGGAGUUCUACAAGGUUCCAUUUUAUCCCCUCAUCUUUUCUCCCUACAUACUGAUGAUUUGAGAUCGCCAAGCGACUGCCUGUAUGUUAAGUAUGCCGAUGACAUGGUCGUAGGCCACCCCUCAAAAACCUGACUCAUUUGCAGUCUUUAAAGGAUGGCUUAGAUCACGUCUCCGCAUGGUCUUCGAAUAAUGGACUCCUACUCAACAAUCUGAAAUCAGUACAGUGUGUGUUUCCAUUGCGACCCUCUCCCAUUCCUGAAUCUUUGGAUUUUCUUCCCAAUGAGGUAUCUUCUUUCCGGUACCUAGGUGUUACUUUAUCCGCAAAUCUCCCUUUCUCUGUUCAUAUGGAAACCCUUUUAACAAAAAUUCAAAAACUUGUUUAUUACAUUCGUCGUCUACGUUCAUAUCACACACCCCAGUCCUUAAUCUGGCGAUUCAUAGAUGGCUGUAUUCUUCCGCUCAUUCUUUAUUGUUCUCCGAUUAUUUUUCCAGCUUAACUUAAAAAAGAUCUAAUUAUUUUUAAACGUGUCAUUCGAAUGCUCGCUUCUGCUGCUGGUGUUUCCUAUCAUAUUUUAGUUGAUAUCAUCGUGCAGCGACAUUUCAACUCGGUGGAGCAAUUUGCAGACCGAAUUCUGAAUGACACCGUCCAUCCCCUUCAUAAUGAGUUAAUGGCUGCGAAAUCCUUACGCCCCAUGCGUCGAUGCUUCCGCCACAUCCCUUGUCGCACUUCGGCCUAUCAGAAUUCCAUACUGCCAUUUCUAGCCCGGUAUCUCACCUGCAAAGAUGUUGAAAAACAAAAACUAAAACUCGAUCUUGCACCUUAGAGUCCUUUUUUUCUUCAUAUAUAAUUAUGUCCACUUGUUCAAUACCUGUUUAUCUCUAUGGUAAUCGCUGUGUACUGGAGAACCGUUUUUGCUAAAAGUUUUGAAAGUUAUUUUCAAAAUAAAGCAUUCCUCUCUCUCUCUCAUAUCCUGAAAGACCGAUCAAGAUGAACUUGUUCCCCCUAUCCUAAUGACAAAUGAGUUGCAGCCUGUUGUGGACAUCCCGCAUUAUCCGCGGUCAUAACUGAUCGCUCAAAUCUUAAGUUUUCUUCGAGUUUGCGAGCAUGGGUCACCUCCGCGGUCAUCCGUACAAGGUCAAACGCGAAUGUAGGCGCCUAGAUCAGAGGAAGUUUUUUUCAGUCGUCAGGCAGUCCGGCAAUGGAACGCACUUCUAAACCACACGAUGACUUUUGGUACUAUGGUUAUAUUCAAAAGAAUGUUGGGUUGUUUGAUUUUUGACAACCGACGACUCACUGCAGGACUAUUUAUGGCCAGUCAUCGACUUAACCUUCUGAUUUCAUUUCAUGUGUAGCGCAUCCCUGCACGUAUACUGUAAAGCGUUUCCGUAAAAUUAACAAAUUACUCCAUUGUACCCUCACUGUGUAUAACUGUACUUAAAAUACCUACUAUGCCUGAAUGAGUUUACCAACGCUAGUAGCAAACUAUAUCGAGUAGAUAUCUAUUUUUCGCCAAUGUAAAUAUCUAUUAGAUUUCGGAUAGUUAAGAUACUCUGCAGACAGCUAAUUGGGGCGUACUACGGUACGCUUGAAAUCGUUUGCUUAGACCAAUACCCCUUUCUAACCCAAAUCAUUCCUAUUCGCAAACUUUGUUUCCUUCCCCAUUUACUGUAGGUAGUGUGGAGACGGCUGUCAUGGAAUAAUUUUAUUUAAAUGUAAAGUAAUUAAAUAUGUACACCGCUUUGCUGCUUACCUUCCGUCCGUAAUAGCAAUGAAAUCGGACUCUAAUUUAGACUGUCGGCAUUUGCUCAUUGCUGUAUUUUGGUUGGCUUUCGCGGCCCAGGAGCCUGGCGUCGCUAACUACGCAGAUGACUGAGCGCUUGAUAAUUGGUAAAUCGAUUAGAUGACGCGCUUGCUUUCGCGCGAGCGUUCUGUUACGCCAUUUCCUGCUCGCCCGCGCUGCUGCGCGCAUGCGGUUAUUGCUCUCUCGUUGUCCAUUGACCCUGCACAUAUUCUCUGUUUUCAUAACCCUGUUUUCUUUUUUUAUCGUAGAAUGUUGGCGAAAAUAUCGAAACAAAUCCUCAGAAGACGUGUUCAGCGUGGCCUUUGCGCACGUUUUCAAGCCAUUGCAGAGAAUAUGAGGAAAAGGUAUCUGUCCGACUCAGCGUCAUCCUCGUGGAAUAG